UCGGGGGGCAGCGGUGCGCACGCGCACUAUAGCUCAGCCUCUUAGGGGUCAGCCUGCUGCCUGAGUGAAAAUUGCCGCCGGCCUCACUUAGAGAGCGGCAGGCGUUGGAAGGGAAGACGCAGUCCCGCUGCUUUAGUAACGACUCGUGUGUUUCGCCUGAUUUUUCUUCUUUUUUACGCCGCUCCUUUCAGGGCUUUCUCGUUCCCCGCCCGCAGGCGCUCGUGGGGUGCUCCGCGAGCCGCUGGGUCCUUGCACGUUCAGCCGUCGGGAAAAAAAAAAAAAGAAAAAAAUCGGGCCGGGGGUCCUUCCGCGAGGCGCGUCGCACCCGGUGGGCCGUGGGGAGCGGGCGCGCCGGGCCCCGCCAUGUACUACAAGUUCAACGGCGUCACGCAGCGGCUGGUUGGGGCCGCAGCCUCCGCCGCCUACAACCCGCAGGGACUCAAACCAAUAGUUUCCACUGAAUCCCCAGCUCUGAUUUUUGGGACAACAACUAAGCUUGCUUCAGAUUUACCAGCAACUGAUUCUUUCUUGGGUAAAAACAAGGUGCCAGACCUACAGAAACUUUUUCAGAAAGCAGAUGGACUGCCAGUACACCUGAAAAGAGGAGUUCCAGAUAAGCUGCUUUAUCGGACCACUAUGGCUCUAACUAUAGGCGGGACUAUCUACUGUCUAAUAGCACUGUACAUGGCCUCACAACCAAGAAACCAAAAGUAAACAAACCACAACUCAUGGGACUCAGGACACUUCUCUGAAGGACCUCCUGCAUGUAUCUAUCAUUCUGCACUUGCUGUAAUUCUGUGAUCAUGUAACAUUCGUUAUUCAGAUCAAAUUUAUUGGAGAAAAUGUUUUUAAAUCGGUUGCCUAAUGUGAUUUAGAAAUCAAUAUAAACAUACUUAAAGACUUCAUUCUAACAUACGGUUGUAGCUUUGCAUUUUUUGUCUUGCAGGAGUGUAUGAGCAAUUGGAGAAAGUUAAGCUUUUCUUUCUUUCCCUCCCCCAACUUAAACAAUGUUACAGAUAGAACAGGACAAAUACUUUGCAGGCUAUGCUCCACAUUUCUUAGUGGAAGGAUGCUGCUGGUUUCCAAAACAGUAGAAGCAAAUUCUGUAAUUCUUAUAACAUACUAGGAACCACCUUCUGUCAUACAGCUCAUUUUACAUAAGCAGGUGGCAGUGAAACUUUUCCAACUGCUGGUAUGUUAUUAAGUAUUUGUACUUCUUUCUGGUGGUAGGACAAAGGAAUUAUCUACUUGGAGCAUUCAAAGUGGUUUUAUUCCAUAAUGUAGUAUCACUGUAUGCAGCAGAGUGCACCAGUAUUGUAGCAGCAGUUAUAGCAAUUUUUGGACUUUAAUUUGUCAAACUAUCUUAUUGUGCAAUAACGAUAACUACAUGAAUAAUAAAUCAGGCAACUCUCGAAAGUUUCAGACCACAGCUGGCUUGGUAUUGAAAAAAACAAUGAUACACUUCAGUUCAGGUUCAUUUUCUAGAUCUCAAAUCAGACAAUUGAUUCAGUUACCUUACUGUAAUCUUUUUGAGAGGUUUAUCCUCUUAAAACCCUCCCUUAGAGGUCCCUUUCAUAGCGCAGCUGUGUGUUAUUUUCAGUGUAUGCACAUAUCUGUGUACACACAUACACAUUUCCUUUGCUGUUUGUGUGGAAGACAGAGAAGCCAAUAAAAGUCUUUAUUCAUCCUCUUCUCUUCGUAAUAUCAUAGCCUUGAACUGCAAGUUUCACUCAAGUCUUCACAAAAAUCAUGUUCUAUUUUGAUAUAUCCUCCUCUGUGAACAUCAAGUAUUCACUCUUAGUCACCCAGGCUAUGGAUAAGCAUGAAGUCACUGCCCUCUGUAAUGAGCCAUCUCUCCCAGAACCGUGCAGAAAUCGUAUUGCACAUUAAUAAGGAAAACAGUUGAUAAAGGAACCUAAAACUCCCAUUUCUUCAAUCUUUUACUAAAAACAUUCUGAUUUUUUUCCAGUCAAGUUAAAUCCAAGCAUUAUUACUGUUCCAUAGGAAAGAAAAGAGCUGGUUGUACUGUCAUCUUGGGUUUCAGUCAAUGUUGGUAUUUCAGGAUGCGAGAGAUUAAGAGAUGAAGUUGUAAGGACAGCAAGACUCAAAGAAUAGCAGAGAAUUAUUCAGUUAUCCAGGAACUGAAAGCUGUGUUUCCUCUACUGAUAAAAUAUUUUAUCCUCAGUAAUCUAUGCUUCUGUGGCACUAAGAAUCUUGUGCUGUAGGCUGUUAAAAAGGAAAUUAAAAAAAAGAGAGAAAGAGAAA